AUGAAGCCGCCUCGUGUUGCUCUUCCGACUCUGCUUGUGUUGGUGCCAUUGAGGGAGCGCCCAAAUGUGCUGAUUCAAGCUGGUCUCUUUGGCAAGGGUUCCAGGGCAAUGAUUUCUGUUGUCAGGUCGGUCUCAUUGGUAUUUAUCAAUCCAGCGGGAAUGUUGCAGGAAGUUGCGUUGCCUCCAGCCAGGUUGGUACAGCAACGACUGCUCGACUUGACAACGGCACUGCCAGCCAGUACCAAGGCUGUAUUUGCUCACUACAUGGUCGGCUCAAUGACUUCAGCGGAGGCUGUGAUUGACGUGCAAGAUGCCAUGAACGCCGGGUUUGAUGGAUUUGCUCUCAAUACUCACACAAUAAGCUCUUCUGACACGUGGAAUACUGAUGCGCUUGGCUACCUCUUUGCAGCCGCAACAGGAACAGACUUCAAGUUAUUCAUCUCUUUUGACAUGAGUUGGGGGUUGGAUGUCACGCAGCUUGCAGCUUUCAUGGCGCCAUAUGCCUCUCAAAGUGCAUACUACAUGGUAAAUGGUCAGGCUUUUGUUAGUACCUAUACGGGAGGCACCAUUUCUAAUUCCGCUUGGGACUCGGGUUUCAUUGAGCCUCUAGCAUCAACAUAUGGAAUCACUCCUUUCUUCGUUCCCAAUUUUGAUGAUUUUUCUGGUUAUCCGACCGGUGUUUUUAGCGCCUAUCCGAUUCUGAAUGGUGUCUACAGUUGGGAGUCGGCAUGGCCAUCCCCUGGAACUAUCCCUGCCAAUGUCAGUGAUAGUGUAGAUUCGGCUGCCUUGCAGGAAGCGCAUGCCGCUGACAAGGUUUACAUGAUGCCCCUGUCAUCCUACCAGUUCAAAUAUCUCGGCAGUGGCCAAGACUGGUAUCGCAUCGGGGAGGUGAAUAUGCCUGAGCGCAUGGGCCAGGUCUUGCAGCUGCAGCCUGACUUUGUUGAAGUCAUCACCUGGAACGAUGCGGGAGAGUCUCACUACGUAGGCGACUUCUGGCAAGAACAAAUUGACGGCACUACCAUUGGGGACUAUGCAGACGGCUUCGAUCAUAAAGGCUGGCUGCAGAUUAUUACACCUUUCAUCAAGGCCUACAAGGCUGGCGCAACAAAUAUUUCCCAGAUUUCUCCACCAAACAACACCCCCGUUGGAACCCUUUGGUAUAGAACUAUCUUGACUACUGCCAGCUGCUCCUCCGCCAUUUCCAACUAUCAAUCAGCACUUGACACCAUGAACUUUGCUGUCAUCCUUCCUUCUUCUGGCUACACGAUCAAUGUUUACAGUAACAGCAAUCUCAUUGGCACAUUUCUUGGCCAGAAAGGAUUAAACUACAACAGCGUUCGGGGGCUUGCGGUUGGCAGUGGACAGAUGAUUGAAGUGCUUGACAGUUCGAAUGAUGUUGUGGCAUCGGCCACGGGAACCAAGAGUGUAUUGGCUCAAAGUCUGAACGCGACCUGCAAUUGGAAUUAUGAAGUAGUGGGACUCUCUUGA